ACAGUCUUUAAAUUUUGUAUAAAAAGACCACCCGCUAGCUCUAAAUUUUUAGUUGUGAUUCUAUCCAGCAUAAAUAAUUUAAAAAUGUUCAAAUUAGUGCUCUUGUCAGUUCUUUUGGCUCUUUCGGGAACCCAAGCCUUCUGGACAGCUUGUUCAGGAAUUUUGGCACCAACCAACAUUGUUUCAGAUGUCUGCUCAGGAUCAUCAUGCACAGUUAGACGUGGCCAAACAUUUACAGCACAAGCAACAAUCACAUUCACACAAGCUCAUGCUCGUUUGGACACAAGAAUUACAGUCUUCCUUCUCGGUGUUGGCAUCAACGUUCCACAAGAUCCACCACAUGACAAUGUCUGCAACAACUUGUACCGCGAUGGUGUUUUAGCUGGAUGUCCAACUGUUCCUGGUGCUGCUCACGUUUGGAAUAUUGAAAUGCUUGUAACAAAUCUUACCCCAACCGCCAACAAUGCUCGUGUCAGAUUCGAGGGUUUGGAAAAUGGAGUAUCACAAGUCUGCGCUGAUGUUACUGCAACAAUCACUGCUUAAAUAUUGAAUGACUUUUGUGAAAAAUGUGCUUGAAUAAAAUUUAUUUGUG